AUGAAAAUGAACGCGAAAGACUUAGUGACAAACAUGAUGGUAUUACCAAGAUAUGCAAAAAAAUUGAUUAACGAAUAUUGGAGUGAAUAUUGGAAUGAAUAUUGGAGUAAAAAUUGGACCAUGAUAUAUCUUUGGUACCAACAUGCACAUCAAUCUGAAGAGAGUAUUCCGGGAGACAUGAAAUUGCAAUCAUUUUCGAUUUUGGUAUUCG